AUGAGUUUGUUAAAUUUCGAAGCGUUCAGAAAUGGCAACUUUGAGACGCAGUCGCAGCAAUUAGAAUAUCUGUUUGAACGGAGCAAAUCACUAGAAAUAUUCACCAUCGGAGACCCACUGUUCGUGAAGGAUCUGGGGUCGAGCUAUGACGAGUUUGUCGAAAAAGUGAGAGCCAGACUAAUAAAAUUAUGUAGAACGACGGGUUGUGACGCUGAAAAGCAUUUGAGCGAUGUCAUUGCCGCGCACCCGAGGUUGGGACAGACCAAAAAAGUGCUCUCAGCCCAUUCUGCGCUCGAACAGCGAAACCUGGGCAGCUCUGACUCUAAGGAAACCCAAGAGAUUCUGCAACGUCUGAACGAACAAUACGAAGCUGUUUACCUUGGUCUUCGUUUCGUCGUUUUCGUCAAUGGAAGGUCCAGACCAGAGAUAAUUCGGGUGAUGCAAAGUAGGAUAAACUCCGGGAACUCUUGGCUCCAAGAAGCGCAGCUCGCAUGCAACGAAAUGUGCGACAUCGCCCUGGACAGAAUUAAAAAAGACACACUGACAUCGCAAUCGCACAACAAAUUGUAA